AUGACGCCGGCCGUCGGCCAGGCUGGUGCUGUGCCGCGGCGGCCGGUCGCAGCGCGUUAUGCAACGCGGUGCUCCGACCUGCCCCACGUCAACGGCGGAGCGCGUCGCACUAACCCGACGCCGCCGCCACGCCGACCGGCCCAGAUGCACUUUUGCGACGCCGAGAAUGCAAUCGGCACAUAUUCGCGUCCCGUUCCGAUAAACGCAUCGCCGACGAAAGCGGCCCGUGACGGAGAAUGCGGACGGAUUCGACGCCCGGUUGCAGUGAGCGCGUCACGCUCGAGCCUACGGGCUCCCGCUUGGGGGAGAGCGGGACGGAGCGACGCGGCGCGGCGGGCGCGCGCUGCAUUCAAGUUCAUUACUUCCGUAGUGUGGCGGGCGGCCGCGGUGCGCGCCGUGACCGUGCUCUCGAUCCAUGCUCGCACUUUAUCGACGGUGGCAAGCAACGCCGCGGGAAAUGGUACUGCCCGCCGCCCAAACUUUAGC